UAGUGUGUGUAUGACUACAUUCCUUUCUCUUCCUUUUUCCUUCCUACCUCUAAAUCCAGCUGCCAUUUAUUUCUCCCUUUUUUUGUGGUGCUCAUUUGGGCGUAGUUUAGUGGGAAUUUGAGAUAUGUUUGAUCUUAAUCUCAGUUCUGAAGAUGUUCCAGUAGAAUCAGGAACCUCCAAUUCCUCCAUUGUUAACAUGGAAACCUCCAACAGUACAGCCGGUGACGAUGAAUAUGAAGAGAGUGGGAAUAGUGAUUUUGUGUUAAAGGAGCUGUUUCCAUUGGUGAGUGGAGAGGCCGAGUUGUCGCAGCAGCAGUGCUUGGAUCUCUCAGCCAAUUGCGGAGCUUCGAAUGAGCAGAGGAUCGUUAUAUCUCCGCAGCGAAGAUCACAGGUGAAGAAGAAUAGAAGAGGGCCCAGGUCUCGCAGUUCUCAAUAUCGCGGAGUCACAUUCUAUCGUAGGACUGGACGAUGGGAAUCCCACAUUUGGGAUGGUGGGAAACAAGUUUACUUGGGGGGUUUUGACACUGCACAUACUGCUGCUAGGGCAUAUGACCGUGCUGCAAUUAAAUUCCGAGGACUUGAUGCAGAUAUCAACUUUAACAUCAGUGAUUAUGAAGAUGAUCUGAAGCAGAUGAAUAACUUUAGCAAUGAAGAGUUUGUGCACAUACUUCGUCGUCAGAGCAAUGGCUUCUCUAGAGGAAGUUCAAAAUACAGGGGAGUCACUCUGCAUAAAUGUGGGCGAUGGGAAGCACGGAUGGGGCAGCUUCUUGGAAAGAAGUAUAUCUAUCUUGGACUAUUUGACAGUGAGAUAGAAGCUGCAAGGGCAUAUGAUAAGGCCGCUAUACAAAGCAGCGGGAGGGAGGCAGUCACCAAUUUUGAGAUAAGCACAUAUGAAGGUGUAUUAAGUUCUGAGGCUGAUAUCAGAGGCACAGGUCAUAAUCUUGAUCUGAAUUUGGGCAUAUCUCCCUCUUCCUAUGAUGACAAUCAACAUGGAAACACUAGCCAAACUGGAAACUUCCAGGGCCAGCAUGGCUCAAAUGGUUUAACUGAACAUCAUAGAAAAGUCCUGAACUCUGCUUCUACUACACUGAGAAGUGAACUGCUGCUUCAGGGUCAGCAUGUGCUAACUCAGCACCCCCUCCAUUGGAAUGGAUUGAAUGGGAAUCUCUUUCCCACAUUUAAGGGAACAUCAAUAGAGAAGGGCUUGGAAGUUGACACCUCUUUAAAAUGGACGCAGCAAGGCCAAAAUACUUAUGGUGGGAGACCUACAGUGUGAUUCUUCUCUACCGCAGCAUCAUCAGGAUUCGGAAAUUCAGCAAUCACUAUCAACUGCACUUUGGAAGUGAAGCUUUAUCUUACCACCACUCACCAUCCCUGACCAACAUGAAUCUUUCACAUCAUUAUUGUAGUAGCUGAAAUUAGCUGGCCAGUAAAUGCAAAACAACCACCCAGAUAUCUUUCUUCCUUCGCUCAAGAUGAUACCAGUAGGGCAACAGAUUCGAUUACAACUAAUUGGGUUUAGUUUUGUUAGUUAGGAGAUGAGGCACUGAGUUUCUAAACAAGGCUAUGAAUCUUAUAACAAGAACUAUGUGAUUGCAAGCUGCUUAUUGGGCAUUUUCUUCUAUACUGCGUAAUACCGGUGCCUUGACAGUUGGGACUGUUAUGAUGAGAAUGUAUUUUUAUGGUUUUCAUUUUCAAAUAAUUUCUAUCUUUUAAUGGCUUCACAUUCUGUUAUUAAACCUUCUAAAGGAGGCUUCCUUGCUCAAAGUUGGUUCUUGAAAUUAGCAAGAACAGACUGGCAAAUUUUGGUCUCUUUUCAUUUCUGAAGCAUACUAGGUUGUCAUUGUAGCUCUUUGUUGAUAGAAAAUCAUACAAUAACUAUGCACUUUA